AUGUCGGAGAGGUCCUUAACCACCUACGAGGACCCAGGAAGCCUUCCCGGGGCAGGUUGGGAACUCUCGGGUGCUCUCGGCCACGGGAUCGUCGGGGCCUUCCAGGAUGACUCGGAGGCUCACGCAUAUGGCUGGCUGCUGUUCCCAUACGGCGGUAGCCCAGGGAAAGCCCUGGAGUGGGCUAACGCCGUGUGGGUAGAAGGAGAUGUGGCGCUGGACCACUUCGAGGAGUUCACCCACCGCUUCCGGGCAGGAAGCGGAGUGUUGGUACUGAAAGAUCACCUUCCAAAAGACCGGUAUGAUGACAUAGUCAAACGAAGAGCUGAGGAGUACAGGAAUCAUCAUAUCAGGACAAGCUCCAGUCUGAACAGGCUUAUUUUUGCUCCAUCCAACUCCCCUCUUCAGUAUCCAAUCCAGGGGUUCACUGUUGUCCCUCUUCAGAAGACAUUGAUACCAGGUUUAGCUCUCCAUGCAGCAAAAAGACAAAGUUACACGGUGACUCUGAGUGUGUCCAGUGGUGUCCUGGCCAUCAAGGCCCUUGGAGAGGGGGACAAAGAGGGACAGGUAGAGAAAGAGAUCACUGUCCAGUCUACCAGCCUAUCUGACCUCAACAAUCUUCUGGGACGAAUUACCUACACCAGCACUGUGUACCGGAUGAGGACUGGAGACUUGGCUCACUUCACGUUUGAACACCAUGAGGCUGUCUUCCCCAUUGUCAUCCAGCAGACAUCAGUGCCCGUUUUAUAUGACAUAGGAAACGAUAUCAACUCCCGGGUUACCAUCGUCACCAAGACGUUUCUGAGAUACACCGAGCUGCAGGUCCUCAUCAGUAGCAUAAGGACCUAUUACAAGGACAUCAAAAUCAUCAUCGCCGACGACAGCCUGGAGCCACAGAAAGUGAACGGCUCCAACAUUGAGCAGUACAUCAUGCCCCCAGCACAGGGCUGGUUUGCUGGCAGGAACCUGGCUGUCUCUCAGGUUACUACCAAAUACUUCCUCUGGGUCGACGACGACUUCCUGUUCACAGACCAAACCAAGAUCGAGAAUCUGGUGGAGGUGAUGGAGGCCACACCAGAACUAGACGUGGUGGGGGGCUCUGUGGCGGGCCACGGCCAGUUCUACUUCUCUCUGGUGUACGAGGAGGGUAAUGGGGAGGACGGGGGUUGUCUGAACAGAAAGGGUGCAGUGAAAUACCAACCUGUUCCAGGCUUCCCCACCUGCUCCUUCACCAGCGGGGUGGUCAACUUAUUCCUUGGUCGCACCGACGCCGUGCGCAAAGUGGGCUUUGACCCCCGGCUGAAGAGAGUGGCGCAUUCAGAGUUCUUCAUGGAUGGGUUGGGCAGUUUGCUGGUUGCCAGCUGUAGUCAUGUCAGCAUCGGCCACCAACCCAAAAUUGAAAACGCAAAGUACUCGUCGUUCCGACAUCAACAAUCAAAAGAUGUGGAAGAGAAACUAGCCCACCACUUCUUCAAGAACCACCUGAAAUGUAUCCGUUAUGGAUAGUUUACAAAUAAUUAAACGGUGAAAAUAGUGGUGCAAUAGUGAGGUGCACUAUUCCAAAUGUGUAAUCGCGGCAUCCCGUCUAGUGGUGCAGUUCUCUUCAAAAAAUGUACAGGAAGCAAAUGAGUAUGAGGCGACAAAACCAGUAUCUUGUUUUGACUGUUUGUGGGAAAAAUAAAGGUUUUACAGA